CAACAAUUCCCGCGGGAAUUUGGGGGAAUUCAAAUCUGUUCGAUAUAUCGAUAUCUUGCCAUCUGGCAGCCCAGAAAUGUGUAAACAGUGCGGCUGUCAAAGUGUAUAGCAGAAAACGCCGGCUAUCGUAUUUUUUCAAUUUUCCCAUAUUUUCUGGUUCCUUAUACUGCUGGAGAUGGUGCGUGGGGCUAUAAGAGGACGCGGCGGAAUGCGCGGAGGUGGAGUGCGGAUGCCCUUCAAGAAGACUUUCGUUCCGAGACACCCUUUUGAUCUCACACUGGCCGAGAUGGCCUUCCCAAAAGUUGUGCAGCCGCCGGACGAUUCUGCCUUGACUGCGGCCCUUCUGAAGCGCAAUCAGGACCUCUGUCCCACGGCCGUGGAGCAAACGGCCAUUGCGAAUCUCGUGACCAAAGUCCAGGGCGUCCUGGACAACUUAGUCGUGGCGCCCGGAGACUUUUCCACAUGCCAACUGGAUGAGGUGCGCCAGGUGGGCUCCUUCAAGAAGGGCACCAUGAUGACGGGCAACAACGUGGCGGACAUUGUGGUGAUCCUGAAGACACUCCCGACAAAGGAGGCUUGUGAGGCGCUGUCGAAAAAAGUCGAGGAGGACCUCAAGACAGCCAUGAAGACAGAAGUGGUGACAAAGGCGGAGGCCUUGAGUACCAGCCUCCACGAGAAGGGUUUCGACAUAGCCAACAGAGUGGCUAAAGUGCGUGUGCUCAUCGCCACGCUGCCCCAGAACAUCCGGAAGCUGGAGCCGGAGACGCAUCUCGAUGCGAAAGUCAUGCAGAGCCACUUGGCAGCCAUCAGGCACAUCCGAUGGUUCGAAGAGAACGCUCAUCACUCCUCAAUCAAGGUGUUGAUUCGCAUCCUGCGCGAUCUCACGAAGCGCUUCGAGGGAUUCACUCCCAUGUCGCCCUGGACAUUGGAUUUGCUCGCGCACUUGGCUAUCAUGAACAACCCGAGUCGCCAGGCUUUGCCCAUCAAUCAAGCCUUCAGGCGCGUGUUCCAGCUUCUUGCUUCUGGGCUCUUCUUGCCCGGCUCCGCGGGCAUUACAGAUCCCUGUGAGGUGGGUCACAUCCGUGUGCACACCUCCAUGACCCUGGAACAGCAGGACGUGUGCUGCAUGACGGCUCAGACGCUCCUCAGAGUGCUGUCGCACGGCGGCUACAGACACAUCCUGGGACUGGAGGGCAACGCGAGCAUUGCCAGCGAAAUGAGUGUCUGGGAUGGAGUGGUGGUGUCUCCCAUGGAGCGCGUGUACGAGAAACCCACGUCGGAGAAGAAAGAAGGCGAGGAGGAUGAGGACAUGGAAGCUGUGGAGGCCGAAGGCGAGGACGACAGCAUGGAAUAAUCAACUCCCAAUGAUUGUCCUUCUUCUCUGGUAUUUCAAUAAAUGAUUCUGUGUCGUGUAUUGGGAUUUAAUGCAAA